AUGAACACAGUUGUUUGGACUUUGGGACUCCUGUUUACAGUUUAUGGUCAGAGUUGGAGUCAAAAUGGAACAAGAGCAAACAUAGUGAUGGUGAUGAGUGAUGCAUUUGUAAGUAUGACUUCUACCACAUGCAGAGGUUUUCUGCUUUGCGGUAAGUGUUUCUAUUACAGAGGCUGUAACGUCUCUGUAGGAUCUGAAGCAUUGUGAGCUGAUAUGGCUGUAGCGAAAAGUAUCACACCUGUAAUUUUGUAAUUUUCUUUGAUUUUUGGGUGUAAAUGCUGUGUUUCCUCUUCUUUUGUGCAGGAUGGGAGAUUGACCUUUGAUCCUGGCAGCAAAGUUGUGCAUCUUCCUUAUAUCAAUUAUCUCAGGGAGCUUGGUACUACAUUCCUCAAUGCAUACACCAACUCACCCAUCUGCUGCCCCUCAAGAGCAGGUCAUUUCCUGAACUGAAACAAUAGAUAUAACGUUUUAUUAAUACGACUGUUAACUCUGAUCUGUUACUUUUUAACAAUCAUUUCCUCAGCUAUGUGGAGCGGUCAGUUUGUUCAUCUCACACAGUCAUGGAACAACUACAAAUGCCUUGAUGGUAAUGUAACAACAUGGAUGGAUUUUCUCAAGGCACAUGGAUAUCUUACCAAGAUGAUGGGAAAGCUGGACUACACCUCUGGAAGCCACUCAGUCAGGUAGGCAGACACUGGCAGGGACUCAUUCACAAGGUUGAGCCUACAUCUUUGACUCUAACGAUCUAUUUAUAAACUAAAGGGUGCUAAAUAAUCUACAGAUAAACUGGAAGCAUUUAGAGUUGAGUGUGAAUCACCAUUGUUCUUGUGUUUUCUUUCCACUUCCCAUUUUUUGUCAUUACUCAUGUUUGUAUUUGUGUAUUUUUGCAACCUUCCUAGUAAUCGAGUCGAGGCCUGGACCCGAGAUGUUCCCUUCCUCCUGCGCCAAGAGGGCCGGCCUGUUACACAGCUUGUUGGUAACAUGUCAACAGUGAGGAUCAUGAAGAAAGAUUGGGAAAACACAGAUGCAGCUACACAGUGGAUUCACCAGAAAGCUGCGCCUUCUCACCAGCCUUUCGCUCUUUAUCUUGGGCUCAAUUUGCCUCAUCCUUAUAAAACUGAAUCACUGGGGCCAACCGCUGGAGGAUCGACUUUCCUCACCUCACCAUACUGGCUGAAGAAGGCAAUUUUUUAAAAUCUUAUUACAUGUGUCCUUCUAGGGUUAAGAAUUAGUGCUCAAGUCUGUUUUUGCUCACGCAGGUUUCUUCAGAGCUCAUCACUGUUCCUAAAUGGUUACCCAUGUCAGCCAUGCACCCCGUGGACUACUACUCCACCUUCACAAAAAACUGCAGUGGGGGUUUCACUGAGGAGGAAGUCAAGAGAAUAAGAGCUUUCUAUUAUGCCAUGUGUGCUGAGGCAGAUGCCAUGCUAGGUUAGUUGACACCAGUAAUGCAUCAGUGGAAAGUCUUUUUCAACAAGAGGUGGAGAGAUUGACUGACUAUUUAAAGAUUAAAAAGCUAGUAAACUUAAGGCAACAUGGAAAUUCUGUUUGAAUCCUGUAUUUUCAUCUAAAAGAAGUCAAAUUUUGCCAGUCGAAUACUUACCCUACCCCGCUGUCCUACCAGGUCAGGUUAUUUCCGCGCUGAGGGAGACCAGCCUGCUUAACAACACUGUUGUGAUCUUCACGUCUGACCACGGGGAGCUGGCCAUGGAGCACCGACAGUUCUACAAGAUGUCCAUGUUUGAAGGCAGUUCCCAUGUUCCCCUGCUGAUAAUGGGACCUGGGUUUCAGUCUGGUUUGCCAGCUGAUCAGCUUGUGUCUUUGGUUGAUCUCUACCCCACUGUGCUUGGUGAGGAAGAAAUGUAUGCUAGCACUGAGGCAGACUGAGUGGGAGAGUUAAUUUGUCUGCGAACUCUCUAUAAAAGAAAAUAGUAAGUUUUAGACAUUACUCAUUAGACUUGAUGAAACCAUUUGUGUGUUUUGCAGAUAUCGCUGGUGUCCCAGCACCAGGAUUUCUUAGUGGGCACUCGCUUUUUCCUCUGCUGUCUAAGGUCAGUGUUUCUUCAGAGAAACCAAGGCCAGACUGGGUUCUGAGUGAAUAUCAUGGUUGUAAUGUAAAUGCCUCGACAUACAUGCUAAGAAGGGGCAGAUGGAAAUAUAUAGCCUAUGCAGAUGGCCUGAGUGUGCCCCCACAGCUUUUUGGUAAGUUGUUGACUUCAGAAAUGAGACACCAGUCAGACAAGCAUGCUUUUCUUUACUGUAUAACUUUUGUUUUGCAGACCUAACACUGGACAAGGAAGAACUUCACAAUGUGGCACUGAAAUUCCCAGAUGUGCGGGCACAUCUGGACAACCUCCUGCACACCAUUGUAGACUAUCCAAAAGUCUCAGAAGCUGUUCGUUUUUACAAUAAAAGAGCAUUUGGUGCCUGGCGCAAUAGUUUAGGAAAGAACUAUAGCCAGGUCAUUGCUAACCUAAGGUGGCAUGUUGACUGGCAAAAAGAUGUGUUAGCCAACGAGAAAGCAAUUGACAAGUGGCUCUAAGGCUCUUUUUGAUAUUUUUACAUAUGCUUUUCUGUAGACAUCUCUACAGAGGGCGAUAGAAAUAUGGCCCCACCAAACCCAUUUUCUUGGGCCAUAAUAUAUAUGUAUAUAUUUGUACAUUACUGCUUAUUUUUUAAGGUGACCUUGUUUGUUUUGAAAGAUGCCCAUGAAUAAAAUAUAUUAUUAUUAUCGUUAUUGUGUCUGUCAUUGAUUUCCCUUAUCAACAAAUCAAGCUGACAAGAUCAGAGAUAGGUCCUCAGUGAUGGUAGAAAGCAAUCUAAGCUGUGAAUAUGAAUAAGAAGGAGCACACUUAAUAUUGUACGUCUUCCAUCACUGCAGAUGGAUAGCCAGUGAUGAGCAGUGACGGUGGGAGAAGACACAUAAUUAGCAGGCUUUCAGUAAAAAUAACUGCUUGCAUGGAAAAUAUUCUGCAUCCCUCAAGCACAGUUUGAGUAUGGUUAAGUGAGACUUUAUACAUGAUAUUGCAAGAACUCAAUGCAAUUAAACGAUGCAAGCUAGUUUAGCUGAUCAGUAUGGACAAGAUCCAUCUUCAUAUGAUAGGUUGGCCUUUGUGUUGCAGUGUAAAGAAUAGGGUGAGAGGGGUUUGAAAAUAUAUUUAAAUUUGAGAUAAAAGUCAGGGACCCACUAUAAUAGUAAAUAAUAAAUAACGAGGAAAUUCUUUUCACUGUUCAAGACUCAGUUUGGGCAAAUUUUGACUUUCACAUGUCACAUUUCUGACCUCUAACUAGCUUAGAGGACUGAAAUGUAACAAUAAAUUCUCGGAAAUGUUGAUAAUUUUUGAAACUUUUGUUUUACAUUUGUUAAUCGAAGUGUAUAAUUAUAAACCGCACUAAGAGCAAUUUUAUUUUGAAAUUUUGAGACGUUGCGGCCACUUGUAUUUUACUUCCGUGUCACACAGAGCGACGCAAGCUGUCAACGUAAACAGACGGCUUCUGCAGGUAAUUCACAGAUUUGCGGGGUACCAACUACACAAACUGGAUAUUACUCUGUCAUUUAUUUUUUAAGGUUUUAAAGUAGUUUCUGCGCAGCGGGGCUCAGGGCAGAUACUGAGGUAUUUUUAGGAACUUUGCUAACACUGCUAACGCUUACUGGCCACAGACAGCUCAUGAAUUAAACUUUGAACAUUAGGUGUUUAGUCGGACAAUUUACUGCUGCUUAUCAGCCAAAGCAAGUGUUUAUAAUCUACUGCCCAAUAGGUACUGUUUGUUGACUGCUUAUUCAUUAAAGAGGAGUCUGUAUGUCACAGGUGUUUCGCUUUACAGAGAAACCGUGUUUACUUGCGACUAUCAGCAGGAUGUGUCAGUGGUUAUUGUAGUUUCAAGAGCUCUGAAAAAUCUCCGUAAAUGCCUGUAAUUUCUAAACAAGACUUAUUUUUGACAUUAUAUUGAUAAAAGAUUAAAUACGGGUGCAUUCGUGAGGACUAUUUUCGUUUUUCACUACGACAUUCACUGACGCAUCGGGGGGAAGUCGUCAGACAGCAGGGUCACUCUUUAAAUCGAAACACCGGUGGAGUGGUUUGCAACUGUAACCAAUUACACUACCACGACUACAAAUAAGAAAUAACACAAGUACAGAUUUUAAGCGCUGUUCAGGAUACGAGCUACAAAGAGCUACACAGUAAAAUUAGGAAAGUUUGUCGGUUGAAGUCAUAGACUGUAUAUAAAAUAUUAUAUACAGUCUAUGGUUGAAGUAUGUUCAAAGGGGGGAUUUAAGGGGGUCGCAGGUUCAGCUGACCAGGUCUUUCAACUGUUUUGAGGCCUUUAAGCCAAAUGCUCUGCCCCCUUUGGUUUCCAGUCAGGCAUUUGUAACAGAUUGAAGUAGGUGUAAUGAGAUUUACUCUUGAGAUGUUCCAUUUCACACUUGUUUUUCUUUCAGAUCACUGUAAGAUGUCGAGUAAAGAGGUGAAAACAGCACUAAAAAGUGCAAGAGAAGCCAUAAAAAACAAAGAGUUCAAAGAAGCGCUGAAACAGUGUAAGGUACAGAAACCAAUUCAGAUAUCCUGGGAGUUAAAUUAGCUAUAAAAUGAUAUUCAAUUGACUCAAAAUAUGAUUGUUUUUUGAUGACUUUGACUUUUAUGACUUAUCUCUCCUUGUAAUGAAAACAGGCUGUUUUGAAGCUUGAGAAGAACAAUUAUAAUGCAUGGGUGUUCAUCGGCUUGGCUGCCAGCGAACUGGAGCAGCCAGAUCAGGCACAGACAGCUUAUAAAAAGGCGGUGGAGCUGGAGCCUGAGCAGCUACUGGCAUGGCAGGUAAGGUGGUGGAAAUGUAAUGGUUUGUAAAUUGAUGUUGAGGGUUUUACAUGUUAGAUUAAUUUCCACUAAAUUAAAGAAAUUAGAAGUUUGCUAUGAAGAUGCAUUUGUGUUUUAGGGAUUGGCAAAUUUGUAUGAGAAGACCGACCAGUGGGAUUUCAAAGUUGAGCUCCCUAACGUCUAUCAGAAGCUUGUUGAUUUGUAUGCAAGGUAAUGUAUAAAUGUGGUACUUAAAAAUACUUGACUAGUAUCAGUUAGUUGUGUUAUUUAUUCUGGUAUUUUCUCCAUGAACAGUUCUGACAAAACAAAAUGUUAUGAGAUGAUCAAAAAGCUCUCAGACAUCUAUCAGUCUGACAAAGAGUAUUCAAAGGUACGUUAUUUCAAUUCUAAUUUGCUCAAUCAAAUAUACAAAAGGAAUAUAUUCUUUUCACUUAUUUGGAGGCAUGUCUAUGUUUGCAAUACAGUUGGCGAAGGUUUGGUUACAGCUCAUUCAGGUGAAGGAAGAAGAAAAUGUGGACAAGAAAGAGUUGCUACAGCUAUGGCAACAGAUGAGCCAAGUCCUCUCAGACUGCCUCAAAGAAGGAGGGGAGGACAACGAAACUCAACAGCAUGUAUGAUAAAUCCUAUGAGUCUUAGUCUCAAGAUUAUGAAGUGCAAUGUUUAAUGAUGAUGUUAAAAUUGUGUUUGUUUGUGGUUUAUCAGUUAAUCACAGCAUUUGAAAAGGCCAUGGUUCUCAUGGAUCCUGUACCUGGAGAAGAACACAAGAAGGUCUCAUCUGAUUACGUCAAAUGUCUUUCUAAAGUGAGUGCAACUCUCAUCUGAUGUUUGAAACUUUAAGACAAAUAAGAAAAAUGAUUAGCUUGAUCUGUAAUCUGCUCAUCUAUUAACCUCGUUCUGUCAUUUCAUGAUGAGCUCUCCAUCACAAAUCUCUCUUUUUUUUGUAGCUGCCACAAGAAGAAACCAAAAUGAAAGAGGCAUGUGAGUCCAUGCUGGCACUUUACCCCCGGGACAGCUACCCUCUUGAGCUGCUUUGUUCAUACUACCUCAGUAAAGGUACAGUGCUGUUUUCAUUUUCUCAAGAGAACAAAUUGAGGAGCAUAAACUCAAAAAAACUUGUUAAAGUUUGAAGCUGUCACCUUUGUUCUUUUGUUUUAAGGAGUUCAUAAUGACGAUGCGAGCAGCUGUUUUUCUCGGCUCUUGGAUCUAGACCCCAAGAGUGGAUUAGGUCGCAUGGGUCUAGGCACUAAAGCACUGCAAGAAGGAAGGUAUAAGGAAGCUAUUAAGGAACUUACACAAGGUUAGUAUGUGUGUUGACAUUGUUAGGGUUUGGUUCUUGCAAAAGGCACCUCCUAUUUACAAAUACACUUCACAGCCAUCUCUGACAUUUAGAUUAUGUGUACUAAAAUAAAUGAUUUUCCUCUCCUGUUUCUUAGGACUGACGAAAAAGAGCUCUGGUCCAGGAUGGUACAGUCUGGCUGAAGCUCAGUUGAAAACGCACAGAUACUCAGAGUGUGCUUCAUCAUGCUCCCAAGGUGUGUUUUAUAAGCUGUAUACUACUAUUGAUAUUAAGGUCAACCCAAAACAAAAUUUAGUUAGUGAUCCAACAAGUCCAAAAGCAGAAUAUUUGAUCAUACUUCAUUAGGAGUUCAUUGAAAAAAAGUGUGUUUCAGCCCUAAACAAGAAUGUUGGACAGCACCUGUUAAAUAUCAGCCCCCUGAAUCAGAGAAAAUACUUUGUAUGUCCCUGUUUUAGGUUUGAGUGUGUGUGGUUCUGAAGACAAAGAGCUGAGAGUCAAACUGCUCAGGCUGAAAUUAGAGGCAUCAGUCAAGAGCGGAGGAGAGGAGGCUGCAGACCAGGCUUUGGAAACAUUUUCACAGGUAGUAGGAUUGACUUAUCCUCAGUUCUUCUCUACUGUGUUGUUGUAUGUACAAUAUAUAUUUUAUUUUCUUCUUCUUGAUGAGGAAUUUGGUUGUUCUUUUAAUUUUUUAGAUCCCAGAUGCUGGGAAAGAUCCGGUUCUUGUGGCCCUCAAAGGACGUUCCUAUCUUAACAAGGGACAAACUGAUCAAGCACUUAAGGUUGACAGUGUGUUACCCACUGAAAUCUUUCUUGACAAUUAUUGGAUUUAUGAUGAAAAUAAAAUAUGCACACACAAAGAUCAUAUGUAAACAUUUCUCUCUAUCCUAGGAGUCUUCAGAGCUUCUUGCCUCUAACCCUGACCUUGCCCAGGGGUUGGUACUUAGAGGACUUGCACAGCUGGCUCAGGGUCAGCAUCAGUUGGCAGAGGAGAGGUGAAACUGCUCGUCUCUUUUCUGUGUGAAUAGUCUGUGCUUCCCAAAACUCAUAUGUGAACAAUCAAUUUGUAUGGUACAAAAUGACUUAGUUCCUUUUUUCUUUUCUGCUUUAGUUUCCUGAAGGCAGCCAGCCAGAGCCCAGACAGUGGGGAGUGUUUUUUCUUACUUGGUAAACUCUACUGGGACAUGGGAGAAGAGACUCGUAAAGAUCGGACUAAAGCUCAAACUCAUUUCCUGAAGGCCAGUAUAAUUUUGUUGCACCAUUCACAGUUAAUUUUAUUUGAUUUUAAAGCUCAAUGCUGAAGAACUUUAUUGGCAUCAAGAAGUCAUGAGUAAUUACUGAGUUGUAUCUUGGUUUUAAAACUUAGUUUUAUGUGCUUUAGGCUGCAAAGUUGGACCCAAAUCUUGGUUGUGCGUUCCGCUUUCUUGGACAUUAUUACCGAGAGGUGGCGAAAGACCUUGGCCGGGCUCGAGGCUGUUAUAAGAAGGCUUUUGAUUUGGACGAUAGUGAUGCCGAGUCUGGAGCUGCUUCAGUGGACCUCUGUAUGGAGCAGAACGAUAUGGUACAAAAUUAACUUUAAAAUCCAGGAUGGUUAUGUGCAGUAUUGGCAGAUUAUUUCUGUGUUUUCAUGCCUGUUACUUCUCUUGUCUUCAGCCUCCUCAUGCUCCUCAUUUAAUCUGUUUUUCUUUUGUUUUUCUUUCUACCACCAAAAUACUUCAGGACUCCGCUUUAGCCACCCUUCAGUCUGUGAUUGAGGUAGCUACUCCAGGCUCAGCUAAAUGGGCCUGGAUGAGACGAGGGCUUUACCACCUGAAGGUCGGUGAGCAUCAGCAAGCCACAGCAGAGUAAGAGAUCGAAACUUCAGGCAUUAAACCUUCUAAUUUACCACAUUAUAAAAUGUAUUUUAAGUGUGUGAUUGGUCAAUAUCUUUAUAUUCCUAGUCUGCAGGCAGCUCUGAGAGCAGACCCUGAUGACUGGGUGUGUUGGGAGUGUUUAGGUGAGGCCUACUUAAACCGCCGGAGCUUCACAGCAGCUUUGAAAGCCUUUGGUAAAGCCCAUCAGCUUCAGCCUUCCUCCAUCUACAGCGUCUACCAGGCUGCAGCUAUCAAACAGACCCUGGGCAAGUUCAAGGAGGCAGUUGCAGAGUAUCUGCAGAUCACAGCACAGCAGGACUAUGUUCCUGCUUUGAAAGGUAAAGGAUCUAUCAGCGUAUCCAAGACUUGGACUUAAAAUCAAAAUCAGUUUAAACGAGUCAAAUACAUUUGUUUACAUAAAGAUUAAAUUAGAUUGUGUGAUCUGCUCUUCAGGACUUGGGGAGUGUCAGUUAUCUCUAGCAAAAAGUUUGAUGGAGGACUGCAGAGACGGGGGAGCCAUUGAUCUCAUUCAACAAGCAAUACAGAACCUCUUCAAGUACGAUACAAUACGAUGUCAGGGGUACAUUGUGUUUUAUCAGAGUGUUUCCCUGACUCUGCUGAUCAAUCUCUUCACUUCUCUGUGCUCUUCAGAGCUGUGACGCUGCGUCCUGACCUGUCAUGUUUGUGGAAGCUGCUUGGAGAUGCUUGCACUGCAGUCAGGACUGUGUCCCCAAACAGAGCCCAGGUCCAGGUGCCGACCCAGCUGGCUGGUGUAGACUCAAAUGCCCAGAGUCACACACUGAGCCAGGCCCAGAUACUUAAAGUUGGGGAGAGGUAUGACCACAAGCAGGUGUUUUCUGAGCAGCAAGUGCAUGUGAUACUCUUAAAACUUGUACAUUUAACUGCAGAGUUGUCUUUGUUUUGUAUGUGUAUUUUUCGUCUGUAGGUGUUAUGCCCGAGCUUUGAAGCUGAUGUCUGAUGUCCCCAGCCUUUGGUACGACCUGGGACUCAACUAUUACCACCAGUCCCGCCUUACCUGUACCUCACAAGAGAACCAGGACUCCCCAUCUCUGCUUCUUGAGAAGGCCCAGCAGGUACCCCAGAUAAUCCUCUGUAAUGACAGUUUGAGGUUGUUGUGUUUUUCAGAUGUCCUCUGAUGAGAGUUUGUUUUCUUGUGCCAGUGUUUGAAAAAGGCGAUCAUGAUGGACAGCGAGAAUCACUCCUACUGGAACGCAUUAGGGGUGAUUUCCAUGAGCAAAGGUAAUUUAUAUGUCACUCUUUUUGGAUAGUGGCGGUAUUAGUACUAGUAAUGUGUACACAAGCCAUCAGUGUUUUACUGAUGUGAAAAAGUUGCCAUGUUUAAGUAUAACUUUUCCUGAAUAAAUUAAAUGAAUUGUUUUUACUUUGAGUGAUGUUAUGGUCUUAUUGAUGAGGAACAAUUAAGCCUUCAAAGUGAAGACCAGAAUGUGACAACUUAACCCCAACAAAAACAAGGGACUAAAGACACCAUCACUCCGAGGACCUGCCCAAAACUAGCGUAGAACAAAAUCGAAACCUUUGAAAAUAAAAUAUGAUAACUUGAGUAUCAGUGGUCUCCAGAAUGAAGUGGUCUCCCAAAAUAAAACACUCCGAGCUUAUGUUUUGACACCUUGUUUUACGCUCAUUGCUCUUUCUUAAACACAAACAUCCACUUAUAAUGCAAAAAAGAGCAAACAUUCAUUUUUAGAGAGCCAAAUCUUUACAAUAAAUAGGCCUAAAAAGAAUAUUUUUCAAAUUAUGUCUACUUUUUCAAAAUUUUUGAUUAAAAACACUGAAAGUUUUACAUAUAAAGACAAUUCAGUUAAAUGUCAGUUGGCUAAGGUUACCGGAAGACAUUUGAAUCAAAGUACAAAUUAGCUCACCGAAUGUAAUCUUCUAAAAACGCCUUAAAACUGCUGUCCUUACUAGACUUACUCUGGUCCAAAGGGAGAAUCAAUGACUCUUGUCUCCUCUUUAAUUGCAAGGCCAAUAUAAUAUUGGCUGCUGGUAUUUAGGAAAAGUCAUGGGUCUGUAAAAUAAAAACAGCACUUUCUAAAUUUAAAAGUCAAAAUAUCUGUGACGCGUCACUGUUAAACAAAUUGUAAGAAAUUAUCUUAAAUACAGGUACAUUUUGUUGAAUGUGUGUAACAGAAAAAAUGUACAGUACAGUUUUUUAACUUUUCCCCUGUGGGUUUUCAGGAGUUGAAAAUUUUGCUCUGGCUCAACAUUGCCUCAUUAAAGCAACACAGGUGGAGUCAAAUGUAAGUACUGCACACUUCUUAGGUGAUUUAUAGUGUUUUUACGUAAUAUUUGUUUUGUCUAAUGUGGCUGUUUUAAUAUUUAAUCACAGAAUGUUGUAGCUUGGACCAACCUUGGUACCUUGUAUUUGAAGAAGGACAAUAUUGAGGUUUGUGUGAUGGGUUGUCUUUGAAAGUUCAUCUUUUUGUCAGAGGAGACUGACUUUUCUGUAUUUAGAGCAUGGUCUCUCUCUUUUUUUUAGCUUGCACACGAGGCUUUUAAGAUCGCCCAGUCCCUGGAGCCACUUUACGUCAACUGCUGGAUCGGACAGGUACAAAAACAUCGUUAGGAAAAGGUCACCUCGAUUCAUCAUUCUGGAUAAUUAACACCUUUUUUUUACAUGAGCCUGUCAUCAUGCAUCUGUGAAGCCAGUCUGGCAGAAUCUAAAACCGUAGCUAACUAAGCAAAAGACAACAUUGUUAGAUAUUCUCGCUCUUGUGCAGAGGUUAAGGAAUGAUAAGGACUAUGAAAUAUAUGUAAUCUGCAUUCAGGACCUUUCUGAAUACAGGGAUAAAUCACAUAUCACUGUGCCAGUAUUCAGUAGACUAACUAAUUUCCCCUUUGUCCUCCUCCAGGCGCUGAUAGCAGAGAGAGUUGGCAGCUAUGACACCAUGGAUCUUUUCAGGCACACCACUGAGCUCAGCACACAUGUAGGUGACCUGAGUUGCUGUUGCAGUAGCCAAUAAAUAACUACACGGUCAUAGUUUAGUCCUUGCAAUAGUUUUUUGUCUGACCCUGUUUCAUUUUAUCACUUGCAUUUCAUUUUUGCUGCGACUAAAAGUAAUUAGUGAUUAACUAAAAUGACAAUGUACUGAUUUCUGGUCAGAGUUUGUAUAUACGCCUUGCCAUGGUUUGCUUUUCUCCCUCUUCAUUUGCAUCUCUUCUCCCUGCAGAUGGAGGGAGUGAAAGGUUACGCUCACUGGGUGUGUACCACCCUGCUGGAUAAGAGUAACAGAGACUCUGAACUGUACCGAUACAACAUUGUUCAGAUGAAUGCCAUCUCUGCUGCUCAGGUGGCACUCAGCAAGUUCACAGGUGCAGCGUCUAAUCAGUUAUGUUGAUGUGCUUCCAGAAUAUGCCCUCCCCUUGGUUUUAUUUUGCUCUUCUGUGAAAGAUUGAUCCUUUGGACCUCGUUUAUCAUUUGUACCUCAUCUAGAGAGAAUCCAGUCUGAUCCUGUUGCUUUCAUCAUGCUCGGCUACCUAAAUGAACAUCUAAAUCUGAAGAGGCAGGCCUUGCAAGCUUACCAAAGGUGUGUGUUUUGGCUGAAAUAAAUCAGAGACACUAUAUUUUCAUCUAAAAAAUAAAAAAAUAUUUAUGAUUUUUAUUAACACUUCACCAUUCUCAAUCUUUACUCUCCGUUCUCAGAGCUGUUGAGCUGCUUCAGUCCAUGUCCUCAUCAGAGGAGCUUGCCUUUGCUUUGGGCAGCUAUGGUCGUACUUUGUGGUAAACUAAACAAUGUUACCUUACUUUGCACUUUGACUGUCUUGAACAAUACUUUCCCAAACAGUCCUCACUCCUCUCUCCACAUUCCCCACUGUCUUGUUUGCAGCAUGUCUGGUCAGUGGGAGGAGGCGGUGCAGGUUUAUAAUUCCACUUCACUGCAGGAGCUCAGUGACCUUGCUGGUCUGGCCUUGGCUUACUGCAGGGCAGGACUCCUGUUGGAAAGCAGUAAUGGUGAGGACUAACAAACAGGAAGAUAAGACAGCCUGUGUGAGAGUUUUCAUGUCUCUGUAAAAAUCACUUUUGUGUGUGUUCUUCAGCGUAUGAACGGGCUUUGGCUGUGGCUUCCAGUGAAAAAGAGAAGGCCUACGUCUUGACCGCUUUGGCUCUCCUUCAGCAUCGGCAGGGUAACCUGGACUCAGCCAAGACUCUGCUGUUUAAAUGGUGAGUCAGAAUUUUCUGAACAGUACCAAGAGGGUUUUUUGUUUGUUUGUUUUUCCUUCACCUCAAACUUAAAAACUGUACUGAAGUCAAAAUAACAGUUAGCUUUAAAUAGAUAUGUACCAGGAUAUGGGGUAUUUUUCUGCAUUUAAAGGGUUCUUAGCAAAUAAAUUCCUGUGAUAAUAUUUGCACUAUAUUAACAGGGUUCUUCUGCUUGUUUUUCAUCCUCACAGCUCAAUGUUGAAGGAGCCGAUCUCAGAGUCUCUGCUGUGUUUGUGUGCCCUGGGACUUGUCCACAGUGACGCUACAUUAGCUGCUGCUGCCCUGUCUGAGCUGCUCAAGCAGGGUUCAGCCUCUGGCAGUGUGACUGAGCAGCGAUGUCUGCUCACCUGUGCUCUUCUGGCCCUGCAGGGCAACUACAGUGCGGUGCAGAGAGAGGCCUCCAGAGCUGUCCACAGGUAAACCACUUGUUUGAACUGAUGAGCUGUACUGGAGCACAUCGACCAAUUCAGUGUAUUCAAUUGAAAAAUAAAUGACUGCAUCAUUUAUACAUAAAAGUGAAAGGCAUCUUGAUACAUGUUAUUCACAGCAAUCCUGGAAACCCGUCACUGUGGGCUCUGCUGUCUAGACUGGUACCACAAUACCACCCCAGGAAGGCAAAUGUAGGGCUGCAUACAAACACAAACAUAGCUCAUAUCAAACAGUUAAACAACACUUUAUCGAAAGCUUCACUGCACAGUAGUAGUGAAAGGGUUCAGAGUUUGUCUGUUGUGUAUUUCAGGGAGGAGCGAUGGCUGGUCAGGUCGCCUGUCUCUCCAGUAUGACCCAAGGAAAGGUAACAGUUUUGUGUACCUUGUUACUCAUAUAUUUUUAUCUAACCUCUUUCAGUACCCCAAAGAUGAACUCAGUAUGAUAUCAUACCUGCCUCAGUAUCUUUACAUGACUCGGUUCAAACAUGUGGUCCUGCAGAGGGCGUUGUUGUACAGUGGGGUGAACCAGCUAGCCAACGGGAGACACUCAGGAGAGGACAGUCACAGGAAUGCACUGAAGACUAUGCAGAGAGCUGUGCUGCUCUGUCCUGGUAUUGAUACUCACACACACACCUCUAUCAAAAAAAUCAAGUGAAUAAACGUCCCUGUUUACAAAUGUUGAGUUUUCUCUGUCUCCAUUUUUUUCAAACCUUUCAGAUGAUCCAGCUGCAUGGGCAGGAUUAAUGGCUGCCUGUCACACAGAGAACACCUCCUGUUAUCUCUCCGGCUCUGCUCCUCUCAGACUAGGACUGGAACAAACCCUGAUGUCAGUGGUGUCUGAGAAAGGUGUGUUUGUUUGCGUUUCAUUGCGUUCAUUACUUUGACGGUGUUUGAAUAUUCAGCUGACACUCCUCUGUAUCUCAGUGCGUAGUGUGGAGGAGAUAGAGCGCCCCUUAGCCCAGUCUCUUGAAGGUUGGGUCCUACAACAGGCCGUGACUGGUCUCAUGCUGGGAGGACAGCAGGACCAGGCAGAGGCGCUUUGCUCUCAGGUGUGAUAUCAAAACAAAGAUGCAAAUUUCACACACAAUCACAGAAACUCACUCAUUGGUAGUUAUCUGUUUUCUUCUGAUGGCAUGCGAAGAAUAGAAAGCUGAGAUGUAAUUGAAAUGUUGUGCUGCUGUGUUCGAGAUAUGCAAAAUAAGAUGUGCUUUAAUGUUCAAACAGCGUUGUUGCUUCAGUCCCUGAGUAUGAUAUCAGAGAAUAUAUAAUAAUGAACAUGAUGACUCACUUCAUUCUUCUUACCCGUCUGCUCUGUUCCAGGUUCUGACUGUAUCUCCAGAUCACCCAGCAGUAAUGCUGUCUCUAAGACAGGUGCAGUGUCAGCGGCUCCUUGUUGCUAAUACCAACACUGUCCUCCCAGACUCUGUGCUGGAGCAGCUUAACAGCACCGUGAUGGCGAACCCCACCAACGUCGGGGCAUGGCAUGUAGGUGGACACUGACUCAUUUUAAUGACCAAACAGUGUUUUUCAUUGGAGUGAAAUACUGAUGAGUUAUUCCUUUUAAAUUUCAAGCACCAGUUGUUUAAUGCUUGAAUGUUACAAACCGCAUUGAUUGUAAAAUAACAACCCGUACACAGUCUAUUAUUGUGUUUUUGAGCAUAUAGGAAAUACAGGCUCGACGAUAAUGAUCUUCUCGGUCCUAUGUGGUCUUAAUGAUAAGAUUUUAUAUCCCACUCAAACCAAAGAUGCCUAAUUAUCUUGCUCCCGCAGAGACACCGACCUAAUGAAGAUAUUUUCUGUGCCUUGCUUGAGACCUCCGAUUGCUGCAGUUAUUAUUAAAUAGCAGUGGGCUAGCAGUGAGGAAACCAGCAGCUAACAUAUUGGCUGAUUGUUGGAGCGGUUAAUGACCACAUUACUAAUGUUAAUGUGGGGUCAAAAUGUCUGUCACUAUCACAUAAGGCAACAGACGUUGUAAUUUAGGAUGUAAUUUUGUCAUUAGUAGUCUAAAAUGCUUGUAUCAUUUUCACCUCUUUCUCUAUGUCUUUAUUUCUCUGUUUCUUUGUGUCUUUGUUUCUUUUUGAAUCUUGCUUCCAACAAGAUCAUACCUCUGUAAAUCUCACAUUGCCAUCUCAACGUAACAGUCUAAUCACGCUCCUUUAUUCUUCCUCACUCAGUGGCUGGCUGAGGUGUAUCGUAGCCAAGGCCUGCUGGUCCAGGCAGUCAUGGCGUACAGACAGAGUCUGCAGCUCGCUUCACAGCUCGGCCUGCACAGCAGCCAGGUGGCCAGUCUGCUGCGACUGGCCCUGCUGGCCCUUGGACCCUGUAUGGUGAGUCUCAUAUAACACAGAUAUACCAGCAAAAUGUUCCUAUGUGAUCAGUCGUUUGAAAUUCUUAAUCCUGUGGUGCUGUUGCCAGAAAUUACUUGUUUCUCUUUCUGCAAAAAGCUCUUUUAAUUGUUUAAAUUGUUAAAACUAAAGACACGUCAGUCCAGAGGGGGCUCCUGUCUACAUCCUUGUUACAUGGGCAGGGACAAUGGAGUGUGGAUAAAGAUGGGUGAAUAUCAUCCAAAUUAUGAGAUCAGCAGCUGAGGUCAGGCAGAAAAACUAAUGAGACAAGAAGCUGUGUUAGUCAUGCAACUGGAGGGGAUGUGGUUUUUGGUCCACUGCUCACAGGAUAGAAAAUUUCAGGGUUUCCUGCUUUCGUUACAUAAAAAAAUCAUUUUUAUGUUAUUCCUUGAGUGUCUGUUAAUGCAUAAAAAGCCACUGUACCCCUGAGAGCAGCAGAUGAAAAACCAUAGACAGGCAUUACUGUCCCAUUUGAAUACUCUCCAAAUUCAGUGGAUGGCUGAAAUGUUUUCUGAUCUGUGAUCUGUCCCCCCAGGCCGGCAUUCCAGGAAACGACUGGGCUAACCUCAUAGUUGAAGCCACGACUGAGGUCUUGAAAUUGGGCUCCUCACCUGUUGCCCUCCUUUUCCAGGCCCUGCUCCAAUACGUGACCAAGAUGGCUGCCAGGUCAGUGCAUUUGUUGGUGUUCUGUUUCUACUGCAGCAGAAAGAAUGCAAAUGCACAUUUGUGUUGCAAAUGUGCAGGCUGUUUUGAAUUCAUGUGCAAAUGAUUUCAUCCCACUGGCCUGUGAGUGUGAUACACUGUAUUAUCUAAAGUGAUGGUAUCAAUCACAAUUUUUCUAAACUUCUGAUUUAUACUUCCAUCUGUUUCCUUAACAUGUUUGUACUUGUGGCACUGAAAGGCAAGUUACAAAGUUUCCCUGUCCUGAAAUAAUAGCCUUCUGUCACCACCUCACAGGACUGCCAGGAGGCUUAAUUAGAGAGCUGCAUUAGCCAGGGAGCUGAGUAGAGCAGAUAUGCCAGUCAUAAACUGGACAAACUCCUCGUGAGAGGCUGCAGGAGCUCCUCUCUGCCAAACAAUCACAAUAUUAAAGGCAGUUUCAUCCAAUGGUUUCAUUUGAUUUCAUAUUUGAAUCAGUUAACAUGAAAUUUUCCUACCAACUAAAAAAGGUCAACCAAUGUUGGUUGACAAAUCCCAAAACCCAUGUUAUGUACCUAAUGAUUUGUACGUGCUUCAUCUGCAGGGAAACGAGGCGUUUAUUGGAAAGGCUGGUGUACGUCCCCACUCAAGACUUCCCUGUGACAGUGAUGCAGGUGGCCAGCUGGUACCUCCUCAGACACCUGCAUGCCAAAAACGAUCAGGAGCUGAUCAAUGUAAGCACACAGCUGUCUCAUUUGGACCUCUACUGCGCUUUUUCUGGUGUAAUAUUUGUGUUUGAAAUUUUACAUUUUUAUCCAUUACAUGUGGAAACUACAAUGGCAGAUGAAAUACAGAAGUUUAAAACUUGUGUUGAUGUGUUGAUGAUAUGACGAGUGUUGUGUGUUUCACCACAGAUUUGAUGUUAACCUUUUUUUUCUUUUUUUGCAGGCUCUUCUGCAGCAUGCCAAAACGAAUGGAAAUGAAAGACUGCUGGAGUUUAACUCACUGCUUGCCUCCAUGUCAGCCUGAGUCUUUCCAAGUCUUCUACAGCAACACAAUGAACUCUUGCAACCAUGUGGUUUUAUUUUUCACAAAUUAAGCUUUACUCCCUACUUAGAAUGAAAUUGCAUCAAACUGGACACCAUGGAUUGUCACAUACAACAUUUAUUGGCUUAACAUGACUCUUUGGUGUUAGAUUGUGCUGUGUUCAGAAAAUUAAAUCAUUUUAAGAAAUCAAAAUCAUGAACUUUGACACAUAUUACCCCAACUGUACUCAACAUAAAACAACCGAUAUCCACAUUCAAGUGAAAUAAAGGCUUUUCGCUCGACAUAAAA